AUGUCGAUAACGCACGUUGUUUAUUACCAUUGUGGUCACCUUAGACUUAUCCUAACUCACGAGCAUGACGGAGACGAAUGCCCCACUAACAUGCCAGACACCAUUACCACCCCAGAAAACUGCAACCGCUGCAUGAACCCAAAGAGCGUCAACGACAAUGACGGUAAUAGCCGUGAUGAAUAUUUUGGAAGUGAUUUUUCGAACCCAUCAGGAAGUUCAGAUGACGCUACUGAUUCUAACUACGAUGGUGACGAUGAAGAUGACGAAGAAGGUGACGAUGAGGGUGACGAUGAGGGUGUCGACGAAAUGCUAAUCGACGAAAUCAUGUCCGACAACGGCAAUGCUGUGCCGGCGCGUAGACUGAUGAAUCUAUUCACGGUCCGAAGCAACCCAGCAAGUGUCGCCAAGACCAGAAAAACACCUGUUACGGUCAGCCUUUACGAUAUUGUCUUCUAUGUCUCACAACUGCACAGUGAUGCUUAUUGA